AUGUCGGAGCAAAUUGCAGCACAGACUAAGCACAUCGGAGACUUGGUCGUACAGGGCUUCGGAAAUCUCAAGCGGAAAUAUUCACAACUGAGGGAAGCUCGCGUGGCUGGCACAGUUAAUAGGGUGAACUCGAGGGAAAUCCAUUACAACCGACUGCAUUCGAGCCUUCUGCCACUCUUGCGACAGCAAAUUCAGACCAUCUCAAUACUACUGGAGCCGCAAGCCUUGUGGAAUGAGCCCGAGUCAAGACUCAGACAGGUCUUGGAGAUUCAACCCGAACUCGAUUUCAAUCUCUCUGAGAUCGACUCCGCCGCUCUGAUCGUCUGUCCAGGAUCCAUACAUUCCACAACUCAAACCGAUCUUAAUGACCAGGAGCUCAAAGAAUUCAAGACUUAUAGACUGAUCGAGCUGGACGGGAUGAUCAAUUUUACGAUUCACAACAUCUGUUCAAUCUUUCAUGACGCCCCAGAGAAAAUCGAACAAAUGCAGCUCUCGACCGGGCAACUGUUUGACGAGUGGGAUGGCGAUCUUGUAUCUGCUCAUGAAGACUCCUCCCGAACAGCAGUCGAAUGGAUCGGCUACACCAUCAGACACUUGAAAGGAUCCGAAUUAGAUGUGGUCGAAGAUUGUGGAAGAUGUGCGAGACCGGGGAUCGAUGAGCUACUGGAUCGUGUUAUCAGUAUCGUUGAUCCAACUAUUCCCCCAACUAGAUUCUCACACAGAAGAUUGAUCCGACAACCGAUCAUCCAACUCACGAAACUGAUCAUACCGAUCAUCAAACUGGUCCAACUGUUUUUUAAGAAAUUGUCAAAGGCUGGCUUGAAUAACAAGAAAAGCCUUAAUCUACCAGCAUUUACCCAAAUGAACUCCAAUCAACUCAAAGCAUUAUCACGAUCUGCUGGAAAGUUCUAUCGUGACCUCAACGAACUAGUGCGUCUCCUAACCGAUGCUGAUGCUAGAAUUGGAGAAGCGCUUGUGAUCGACCAUCAACUGCUCAUUCAAACAGCUCAACGUCUUGUAAUUAAAUCAGAAGCUCCAUUACUCUCUAUAUUCCUCUAUUUCAUCCCCUUAAUCAAUCAUCUUCCUGAUCAGAAUUUCUACCACACUUGGUUUGUUACUUGGAACAUUCUCAUCAAUGCUGCCGUUCAUAACUUCGUUCAACUCGCCAGAAAUCUUAAUUGA